AUGUAAUAGAUAAAAUAUUUUAAAGAAUUAGAAGAAAUUUUAAACUCUUCACUUUAAUCUUAUUAGGUUCUCCAUAUUAAUCUGAAGUACAAUUACAUUGGUGAUAAAGGUACUUCAGGCUUAUUUUCUGCCUUAGCAAGUUGCACUAAUCUCUCAAAUUUGACACUUAAUCUUUCUUACAAUUCAAUUCGUGAUUAAGAUACAUCAGGCUUAGGUUCUGCUUUAGCAAAUUGCACUAAUCUCUCAAAUUUGACACUUCUACUUUUUAAAAAUUAAAUUGGUGAUUAAGGUCUUUCAGGCUUAGGUUCUGCUUUAGCAAAUUGCACUAAUCUCUCAAAUUUGACAAUUGAUCUUACUAGAAAUUAAAUUGGUGAUUAAGGUACUUUUGGCUUAGGUUCUGCUUUAGCAAAUUUCACUAAUCUCUCAAAUUUGACACUUGAUCUUAGUGAAAAUUAAAUUGGUGCAAGUGGUGCAUCAGGCUUAGGUUCUGCUUUAGCAAAUUGCACUAAUCUCUCAAAUUUGGCACUUUAUCUUAGUGACAAUAAAAUACUUGCAAUAGGUGCAUCAGACUUAGGUUCUGCUAUAGCAAAUUGCAUUAAACUCUCAAAUUUGACAUUUUAACUUUCGGGAAAUAAAAUUGGUCCAAGUGGUGCAAAAGGCUUAGUUUCUUCUUUAGCAAAUUGCAUUAAUCUCUCAAAUUUGACACUCGGUCUUCGUUACAGUGAAAUUGGUGCAAGUGGUGCAUAAGACUUAGGUUCUGCUUUAGCAAAAAAUUGCACUAAUCUCUCAAAUUUGACACUUGAACUUUAAGGAAAUUAAAUUUGUGAUUAAAGUACUUCAUCCUUAGGCUCUGCUUUAGCAAACUUAACUAAUCUCUCAAAUUUGACACUUAACCUCUGUGACAAUAAAAUUGGUGCAAGUGGUGCAUCAGACUUAGGUUCUGCUUUAGCAAAUUGCACUAAUCUCUCAAAUUUGACACUUAAAUUUUAUUUCAAUUAAAUUGGUGAUUAAGGUACUUCAGGCUUAGGUUCUGGUUUAGGAAAUUGCACUAAUCUCUCAAAUUUGACACUUAACCUUAGUGAAAAUUAAAUUGGUGAUUAAGGUACUUCAGGCUUAGUUUCUGCUUUAGCAUAUUGCACUAAUCUCUCAAAUUUGAAAAUUGUUCUUAGUAGAAAUUCAAUUAAUACAAGAGGUGCAUAAGGCUUAGGUUCUGCUUUAGUAAAUUGCAAAAAUCUCUCAAAUUUAGAACUUGAUGUUAGUCAAACUUUAAUUGGUAAAAUUGGUCCAUUAUACUUAUUUUAUGCUAUAAAAAAAUGCACUAAACUCUCAAAUUUGACACUUACAUUUUGGUAAAAACAGUUAGUUUAUUUUGGAUUAUGA